AUGUCCAAUGCUACCAGCACUGCAGGUGGAGGAGACACGAAAGCACCUGAGACAACGGUGGUUACUGAGGUGCCAGAAAGUUUACACAGAGUGCUCUUAUUAAUGGUUAAGAACUUCUUUUCAAAGGAGCACUAUCUGGUUGUUUACUACAUUAUGAGAGCCGUUUGCAUCCGAGAAGAAAAUCUGAGAAGCCGACUCAAUUUUGAUCAGAAGCAGCUGAGGCAGCUUCUUGCUGGAUUGAAGAAUGAGAAGCUGGUAAAGGAUCGCUUACUCCAACAAAAGAAUGAAACUGGGAGAAACGUGUCGAUCAUAUUCUACUUUAUCAACUAUCGUGCUAUUUUGAAUGUCCUGAAAUAUAAAAUUGAUCACAUGAGACAAAUGUUGGAAGCAAGGGAAAAGAACGAAUUGCAGAAGGCGAACUAUAAGUGCGACCAGUGUGGUGCACAGUAUGAGGAUAUGGACAUAGAUCGUAUAUUCGAUCCACAAACUGGCACGUUGAAGUGUUGGCGAUGUCAAGGUGAGGUGACCCAAGAUAUCACGGGAGGACCCACUCAAGUGACCAGGACGCUUCUAGCUCGGUUCAAUGAACAGAUGCUUCCUCUCUUCGCGGCUAUUCGGGAGCUAGCUGGCGUUCAGUUGGCGCCACAUCUUCUGGAACCAGAUAUCAAUCAGUACUUGGCCGAGGAGGACAAAAGUUUGUAUCUUCUCAAUUUCAUUAAUGUAGUUCUAUUAUAA